GUCAAAUUUGGCAUUUCGGGUCGGGCCUUGUCUACGGCCUGAACUCUGAGCGUGUUGUUUCCGCUAUAUUGAUAUUUUUGUUCCGAUUUUCUCAAUUUUGUUGAGUCACAUUAAGUAUAAAAAGAAUCAACAUGUUCCGAUUAGUUAAGGUUACCGAAAAUGCGUUAUUACCUGCCUUAAAAUAUACCAGGGGUAUGUCUGUGGCAACUCAUAAGGAACCAGAGAAACCAUCAAUCAAGACAGCAGUUCCUGGUCCCAAGACUCAGCAGUUGAUGGGUGAACUGAACAAUCUACAGCAAGCUCAAUCUGUUCAACUGUUUGGAGACUACGACAAAUGCGUCGGCAAUUACUUCGUGGACGCGGACGGGAAUGAGUUUCUGGAUGCUUUCACCCAAAUAUCCUCGGUUCCGAUAGGAUACAACCACCCUGCGUUGCUGGGAGCAUUUGAAGACAAACAUGCCCUUAAAUCCCUCAUUAACCGGCCAGCGCUCGGAGUAUUCCCAUCCGCCGACUGGCCAUCAAAGCUCAAGAGCGUGUUGCUCCCCGUAGCACCUCGAGGCCUGGACCACGUGUCCACCAUGAUGUGCGGCUCGUGCUCUAACGAGAACGCGUACAAGGCGGUGUUCUUCUGGUACCGCACCAAGCAGCGCGGCGGCAAGGUGGACUUCGCGCCGGAGGACACAGACUCCUGCAUGGUGAACCAACCGCCGGGAUCACCCGACUUGGCUAUCAUGUCUUUUGAGGGAAGCUUCCACGGUCGCACCUUCGGUGCUUUGACCACCACGAGGUCGAAGCCGAUACACAAAAUAGAUUGCCCGGCCUUCGACUGGCCAGUGGCCCCGUUCCCCAGAUACAAGUACCCACUCCACGAGAACGAAGCCUACAACAAUCAGGAAGAUAAAAGAUGCCUAGAGCAAAUAGCGCGCAUCAUCGAAGAGCGCAAGAGAUCCGCCAAGCCGGUGGCGGGCAUUGUCGUGGAGCCCAUACAGUCCGAGGGGGGAGACCACGAGGCGUCCCCGGCGUUCUUCCAGAACCUUCAGCAGAUCUGCAAGCGCACGGGAGUAGCUUUAAUCGUAGACGAGGUUCAAACGGGGUGCGGACCGACGGGCAAGAUGUGGGCCCACGAGCACUUCGACCUGCCCUCGCCCCCGGAUCUAGUUACGUUCAGCAAGAAAAUGCUCACGGGCGGCUAUUACACCUCUGCUGAGUUCAGGCCUGCACAGGCGUACAGAAUUUUCAACACCUGGAUGGGAGACCCAGGCAAGCUGAUCCUUCUGGAGCAAGUACUUCGCGUCAUUCAGCAAGAAAAUCUAUUAAGCAAUGUUCAGAAAACUGGAAAAGUUCUGAAAAAUGGGUUAAACGAACUCGAGAAAGAAUUCUCUAACACGAUAAACAGUGUGCGCGGCCGGGGCACGUUCUUGGCGUUCAAUGCACCCACCACAAGCUUGAGAGACAAGAUUAAUAACGAUUUGAAGAAAAAUGGCGUGCUAGGCGGCAGCUGCGGGCAGACGGCCAUCCGCCUGCGGCCCGCGCUCACGUUCCGGGAGAAGCACGCGCACAUCUACCUCGACACCCUCCGGAAAACGCUCAAGGAACUCUAAACGUAGCUCUUUAACUUUUGCAACACAACCACAUACCAUAAGGCUUUCAUUUUAUGCUCACAUAAUUGGAAAUGUUAUUUUUAUACUCAGCUUCUUAUAUAUUUAUUUGACAAACUUUCAUAUUUUUCUCCCCAUUUUUGAUGUGUGGCUAAACAUAGAAAUAUCGUAACAUUUGUGAGUGUGUUUAGUAAAACGCCCCACUUUGUCGGUUACCAUUAUGGCGAGAUUUACUUGUAUCUUUAUAUGAAUAAACUGACAAAGCGGCUUUAUAGCAAUCAACAAAGUGGGACGUUUUCCCGUGCACACUCACAUUUUAUAUUACUUUAUAAGUACAAAAAUAUACACUAAAUAAAUCUCGUCACAUGUUAUAAAUCGAUAUUAAUUAGACAGUUGAAGCAAGGAUACGGUCAGCAUGUUUAAUAAUUAAGAGAUUUAAAUAGAUCUUAAGCAACCAGUAUUACUUAUUUAAAAUCAUUUUUCUAUAUUAUAAAAUAUCUAUAAGUAUUUAUUUUCAUUCUUAGGCUAGGUAUUUUACAAUAUGUAUAUAAAAACAUUUAAAACAAUAUAAAAACAUA